CCCGUUUCGGCCUCGGGGCCUGCUUCUUUCCUCGGCCUCCCUCCCUUCUUUCGCUUCCUCGGUCGCCUCAGCCGUGACGAGGCGAGCGGGCGGGAGGGCGGUUGGUGUGUCCUUCCGCGGGGGGACUUUUUGGCGGGGCUUUUGGGCGCCUCUGAGGAGACGCGGCCUGGGCGGCCUCGGGCGCCCCUCGCUCGUCGUGCUGGGAGCCGGGCGCGGGCUACACACGGUAAGGGAAGGCCUGGCCUGGCCUCCUUCGUCCACCCCCCUCUUCCUCCUCCUCCGGCCCGGCCGGCCAAGCUUUUCCAGAUGUCCCUGGUAGAUUUGGGAAAGAAGCUUUUAGAAGCUGCACGAGCAGGACAAGAUGAUGAAGUUCGCAUUUUGAUGGCCAAUGGUGCACCUUUUACUACAGACUGGCUGGGAACGUCUCCACUUCAUCUAGCAGCACAGUAUGGGCACUAUUCAACCACGGAAGUGUUACUUCGAGCAGGUGUGAGUCGGGAUGCCAGGACCAAAGUGGAUAGAACUCCGUUGCAUAUGGCAGCUUCUGAAGGCCAUGCAAGCAUAGUAGAAGUUUUGUUGAAGCACGGGGCUGAUGUCAAUGCAAAGGACAUGCUGAAGAUGACUGCGCUUCAUUGGGCCACGGAACACAAUCAUCAAGAAGUAGUGGAACUCUUAAUAAAGUAUGGAGCAGAUGUCCAUACACAAAGUAAAUUUUGCAAAACUGCAUUAGACAUUGCUAUAGACAAUGGUUUUGAAGACCUGGCAGAAAUAUUACAGAUUGCUAUGCAGAACCAAAUCAACACAAACCCAGAGAGUCCUGACACUGUGACAAUACAUGCAGCCACUCCGCAGUUCAUCAUUGGACCUGGUGGAGUAGUGAAUCUAACAGAUGAUACAGGAGUGUCUGCUGUCCAGUUUGGCAAUUCCUCAACUUCGGUGUUAGCAACUUUGGCUGCCUUGGCGGAAGCUUCAGCUCCAUUGUCCAACUCAUCAGAAACGCCAGUUGUAGCUACGGAAGAAGUAGUGACGGCAGAAUCGGUGGAUGGUGCAAUUCAACAAGUUGUAAGUUCUGGAGGUCAGCAGGUGAUCACCAUAGUAACAGAUGGCAUUCAGCUUGGAAACCUCCAUUCUAUUCCGACAAGUGGAAUGGGCCAGCCCAUUAUUGUAACCAUGCCAGACGGGCAGCAAGUCCUUACAGUACCAGCCACAGACAUUGCAGAAGAAACAGUCAUCAGCGAAGAACCGCCAGUGAAGAGGCAGUGCAUUGAGAUAGUUGAAAACCGGGUGGAUACAGCAGAAAUAGAAGAAAGAGAAACUUUACAAAAGCAGCUGGAUGAGGCCAAUCGAGAAGCGCAGCGGUAUCGCCAGCAGCUUCUGAAGAAGGAGCAGGAGGCCGAGGCUUAUAGGCAGAAGCUGGAGGCCAUGAACCGUCUCCAGACUAACAAAGAAGUUGUCUGAACAGUUGGAACAAGAGUGUCUGCCUAUGAAGCCAGUAAAGAAAACUGCUGUACAAUCUGGACUUCUGUGUGUCACGUAGGCACAGACCUUGGAUUAGGCGCUAGAGAAGAUGCUACAGGUUUGAAACUGGACUUAAAGCCAUGAGUUCUGGUGAAUUUCUUGUAUCAUAUUUAAAAAAAGCCCUCAGAGUUUAGACAUUUUGUGCACAAAUAUUUAAAAAGAAAUACUGUAAAUAGUUGUUUUUUUACAGUUCCAAAAUUAGUUGUUUAAUCUUUUUGAAGGGAUCUGCAAACAUGCAAAGCCAAUGUUUUUCUGUCCUUUUUGAUUUUAGUACAAAACUGCAGAAAUACAGAACAGUUUUAAGGGUAAUAACUUGAUUUAAACUGGCUGUGUGAAAAUGAGUUAUGUCAUGGAACUGGCCCUGAAAGCUGGAACUUGGACUUCCAAGCAAAUACAUUUCCAGAUGGAGAACCUUUGUACAGAUAUAAGUAGUUGUCCAGUCUCCAACCUCCCCCUUUUUUAGAAAAAAAGUGUAAUUUUUUAUAUUUAAUUUCUGCUAUAUCCAAGUAGAUUGACAUGUAUAUGAAGCUGAUAUUUUUUAAACUCUUCAGUUUGUACAUAUGCUGCAUGUUUUUUAUAAUUUCUAUAUACAUCUAAGUAUUUUUAAGGAAAGGAGGGAAAAUAAUGAGGAAGUUGUUUAACCUAUAGGUCACAGGGGGAUGCGGGGAGGGGGAAGCAGACUGGCUCUUGGCUUUUGUGUUUUGUUUUUAAGCGGGAAUAACAUUUCUUGGAGGAAUGUAACUUGGGAGGAGGAAACCCAAACUAGUAUUUAUGUAAUAUAUGAAUUAUUUGAAAUUAUUACAAUUGGAGCAUGAAUUGACAUUUCCAGUGUGUCUGUAAUAAAUCUGAGCCAUGUUUCUGCUGGUGGAGACUGAGUUGACAAACCAGGUGUCUGCCAGCUGUUGCUCAGCUUGCUGCCCGCUUCCGUGCUGCCACUGGCUCUUCGCAGGUUGCUCACGUUCCAGUGCUGUAAAAGAGGUGAAUGCAAGGAGCCCUCUGACCUGGGGUGGGAAAUCCUCUCUCAGUAAUCUGUAGAUGACCAACAGAGUGACACUUUGUAAGCGGCGUAUCAUUGUGACUGACCCAGAGCAGACAUCCGUGAAUUACACUCGCAGAGCGAUUGGCCACGUCUGUGUUUACAAACAGGUGUGCCAUCAAGGCAAGUGCUGGGCAGUUUUCAAGAAAAGGCUACAGGUCUGAGGAUCACCUGGCCAGCAUGGCCUGUGCUGGAGUAUUUUUGGAGUUGUGGUCCAAAAAAAUAGCCUUGCCAAGCUCUUAAGUCAAAGUGGAAUCAUGUGAGCUGUACAAAUUACUUGCAGAGGGUGGACAAAAUGAUGGUUAAGAAUCCGGAGCGAUGUCAUAAUCCCCUUCUCUGCAUGGAUCAGCAGUCUUGAGUUGUCUCUUGUCCUUUAGCCGUUCUUUCUCAGGGUGG